UAUGCCGAGGGGUCUGUCCUUCCGCACUCAGGCCGACAGACUCGAUCCUCAGUUCCACUCAUUUACACUUUGCUCUGAUGAUGGCACACGUUCCUACGGAUUUGUCCACACGUUCUACGAGGAGGUGACCAGUCCUCAGAUCAUCACUGCCAUGCACACUCUCAGUCAGAUGCACCAUGUGGAGCACCAGUCCUCAUCUUCCUCCUCUCCCUCCUCCUCGUCUUCAUCUGCCUCCUCGCCCUCCACCUCCAGCAUGGACUCUCUUGUGAGCAGCCUGGACGAGUCAGACGCCGAGUCCCUGGCUGGAAUUUCUGGCUGCCUCGGCUGCGCAGGCUCCUUCGAUCCAGCUCGCGACACCCUGUAUGUGUCCAAAGCCCUCUGCCUUCUAACGCCGCUCCCAUUUCUUCAAGCUUCACGACAGUUCCUGUCUCAGCUUCACCAGGCUGUGACGUCGCACACAGCUCCACCUCUUCCUCUGGAGAGCUACAUCCACAACAUCCUGUAUGAGGUGCCCCUGCCUCCGCCCGGCAGGUCUCUGAGGUUCCACGGCGUGCAUCGCCCCAUCGUGUGCCAGCGGCCUGGGCCGGGGGAGCUUCCACUGGGGGAGUAUCCUUUGGGAGAGGCGUUCUCCCUGCUGGGUGUCGACAAUAUGGUGCAACUACUUACCUGUGCAUUUCUGGAGACUCAAGUUCUGCUUUGCUCUCAUGACUACCAGCGUUUGAUGACGGUGGCAGAGGGCAUCACCACUUUGCUUUUCCCGUUCCAGUGGCAGCACAUCUACCUGCCCAUCGUCUCUCCGCCAUUGCAUCACCUCCUGGAUGCCCCCAUGCCGUUCCUGAUCGGCAUCCAGCGCAGAGAUGGAGCUCAGCGUUCCUCCCUUCACCUCCCACACGAGGCAAACCUGUGUAUCGUCGACAUUGACAACCACUGUAUCGAAGCCCCCGAGGACCUGCCCAUGUUUCCAAACCAGACCGAGUUAAUCCAGGAACUGAGCGAGGUCCUGCUGCGUUUUGGACUCCCUCCCCAGGGAGGUGUAAUCACAAAGCCCAUCACAACCACCACCACCACCACCUCCCCACGUGUCAGCAGCCUGGUCCUGGAGGAUCUGAUGGAGGACAGAAGGAACGGGAACCUCGGCGGCGAGGAGCUGGCAGUGCUGGAGAGGCUGCAGGCUCUGGCAAGGAGGUGCGGAGGAGGAAAAAUGUCAGACGGCGAGCAGACGCUGGGACACGUGUUCGAAGAGGAGGAGGAAGAGUUAAAGGCUGCGAAGCUGAACAUUCAGCUGAGGGAGGUGUUUGCUGGACGUUUUGCUGCCAUGUUCGGCAGGUAUGACGAGUUUGUCAUCCACAGCGCUCUGGAUCUAGACUCAUGGCUCAGCAACCGAGAGGGCACGUUCAGCUUUGACAAGGGUUCCUUCCUCUCAGUUCAGCCCACGACCCACCUGCGUUUCAUGUCCCGGUUCCUGGAGACGUCCAUGUUUUCUUCUUUUGUCGAUGGGAAAGUUAUUUCUCGCUGGGCAGAGAGAGAUCCAAUGCAGCAGCUGUUUGACAACCGGCUGGAGAAAGAACGACUGUAUGAUACAGACAAGGACUCCCACAACUGUCACUACAGGAAGUGCACCACGCUCUUUGAGUCAGCCCAGGCGACCGAACGCAGACUGCUGAAGGCCGACCACACAGCCAUACACCCCCACCUGCUCGACAUGAGGAUCGGACAAGGUCGUCACCAGCCGGGAUAUUUCCCCAAGCUGCAGGCCGAUGUGCUCGCACAGGGACAAAACACCAACAAGUGGUCCAGUCGUGUGACAGCAUCACGCAGGACUGAGCCCAAGAGAUUGAUGGCAGCUGAUCACUCAGGAGUGGAUAAUGAACAGAGACAGAAGCACACGUUUGUGAGGAAGAACCUCCGUCAGGCAAAGCUGCUCGACCCGUCACCUCAAUCCGUCACUCAGACUCACCGAGAGUUUGUUGAUGGGUUGCUGAGCGAGUGUCGUCUGAAGACCAAACGGAUGCUGAUGGAAAGGAUGGGGAAGGAGAGUGUGGAGCUCGGUCAAGGAGAAGCCAACAUCACAGGCCUGCAAGAAAACACACUCAUCCACGGUCUGUGUGACCUACUGGAGAGAACCUGGGGCCACGGUCUGCAGCUGAAACAGGGGAAGUCUGCUCUCUGGUCCCAUCUGCUUCACUACCAGGCAGCCCAGGGGAAGACAGAGACACCAGCUGAGUCUCCAGGGUCCAAUGGCUCCGAGCAGAGGACGCUUGAUGACGGCGCUCUGCUCCUGAGAGGAUCCUUAACACAGGACAUGAGGUUUAUCCAAACCAUGAGUGAGGGUCUGUCUGAGGUGGGUCAGGCCCGGGCCUGGAUCCACCUGGCUCUGGAGAAGAAAAUGCUUUCCCAGCACCUUAAAGAGCUGCUAACAAACCAGAAGCUGCUCAGGCAGCUGUACAAACCUCAUGCAUUCCUGCUGUGUGAGGAGGAGAGGGAGCAGUUUCUGUUCCACCUGCUGUCUCUCAACACUGUGGACUACCUCUGUUUUACACGGGUCUUCACCUCCAUCAGUAUUCCAUACCGUGUCGUUAUUGUACCCAUGAAGAAGUUGAGCAUUGCUAUGGCAACAGUUAACCCCUGGGUGUGUGUGUCAGGAGAACUGGGUGAUUCAGGAGUGAGACAGAUCUCGAAGAAUACACAAGAGAUUUUCUUCCAGUGUAAGAACCUGGGCAGGCUGAGCACUCUGCAGCUGGGACAGGAGAACUCGGGUCUGCUGGCCAAGUGUCUGAUCGACUGUGUGAUGGUGUACAAUGAGAUCACUGGACACACAUACAAGUUCCCAUGCGGCCGCUGGCUGGGGAAAGGCGUGGGUGACGGCAGCUUGGAGAGAGUCCUCAUUGGUCAGCUGGUGUCACCUGGUGGGGAGGAGGACGCUGGAAGGUGGACAGGGACGCCUCCGGAGCUGGCCUCUCCUUCUCAGAGCGUACGGACAGUACUGGGAUCGCUUGGCAGCCGAAGCAGGAUGCAGUCUGUUGAAGUACAGGAGAACAUGAGGGAGACGGCAAAUAACCUUGUUAAGCACUUCCACAAACCUGAACAAGAGAGGGGAAACUUGACAGUCUUGUUAUGUGGUGAAGGAGGGCUGGUGCUGUCCCUGGAGAAUUUCCUCCUCCAUGGAUUAAAAUCCAACCGUCUCUUCCAGCGGAACGUGUUUGUGUGGGACUUUGUCGAGAAGGCAGUGGUUUCCUUGGAGACCGCUGAUCAGAUGGGUGAUCUGCAGGGAUCAACACUGACGAAGGGUCCGCCAUGCGACUCACUGUGCCACUACGUCAACGCCAUCAAUGCUUCGACCCGUAACAUUGGAAAAGAGGGAAAGUUCCAGCUGUUCGUCUGCCUGGGAAUCAGGGACCGGCUUCUCUCCCAGUGGCUCCCCCUGUUGGCAGAGUGUCCCCUGACAGCGCGGACUUACGAGGACAGUGCUCUGCUGCGGGACCGUGCAGCCGUACACUCCCUGUCUCGCAUCCUACACACGCUCAAUGAGUUCGCCAUCACCCUGGAAACGGCACUGGUUAAAGGAGUAGACCUCUGACCCCGAACAAUAAGCAUGGAGACUAACACCCCCCCCUGUCUGCAACGUACUGCAGGAAUGCUGAUGGGUUAAAACGUUCAUCUUUCCAUGACUUUUCGAGACUAUAUCAUUAUAAAAAAGGACACCGGACCGGAUGAAGCUUCAAGCGUAUUGCCUUGUUCACUGUAUUUGCUUCAGGAAGUGGUCUGGUUUUUCGUGCUACGCUUUACACUGUGAAAUUCCUGGAGGAAAAAAUCAAGAGUCAUUAAUCAUCUCACUUUUACAGUAGAUAUUCUCACAGCUCGCACCGUUAACUGCACCUGACCCUUAGGACAACUAUAACUCUCCUUCUACUGCUGUAUUGCUUGCACUUGAAAUUUAAACUAAACACAUGCAUGGC